UAUAAAAAAUAAAAAAAGAAAGAAAACAUGAGUGUAAAAAAAGAACAAAAAUCUGAAAUAUUACGAAAAUCGGAUAAAAUGAUAGAUAGUCAUCGAGAAUUCUUAGAUAUGGAUGCAGAUGAAGAAAAUAUUGGGCACCAAGAAAUACCUGAAAUUGAAGAAGAACUUUCUUCAGAACCUGAGAAACCAAAAUUUUGUGAAGAAGAUCUAAUUGAAUUAGUGAAAUAUGUAAAAAAUUUAACGAUAUGUUCUUAUAAUGAUAUAAAUUGGAAUAAACAAUCAGAUGAAAUAAUUAAAGAAUAUUUUAAAGAUCCAUCACAUAUAAUAUUAAUUACGUUUUAUGAUAAAAAUGAAUUAAAUGCCAUGUUAAAUAUUCCGAUACAUGUUUCUAUGGGAUUUACAUAUUUUCUAAGAUCACCAUGGCAAAUUUAUACUCCAGAAAAUUUUUUAAAGACUAUUUUAUUUGGCAAUAUUAACAAGAAUAUAAAAAAUAGUAUUUUGAAAUUUAUGGAAAAUAUAUAUGCACCAAUUGUACUUCAUAGUGAGGAUUACGCAUGCUUUUUAAAACAUGAUGUAUUUUUAAAUUUACAUGAAUUUAUUUCACGUUUAAUGGAUGAAAUUUAUAAACCAAUGGGUUUGACUAUUUUAUACGUACCAAAGGAACGUCUUCUUCAAAAUCUUUUAAAAUCUUCGAAUAAAAAUGAUUAUAUUUCAUUGAAUAUAAAUCAAACAUCAAUCUUUUUGGAAAAAGAUGAAAAAAAACGAAAAUUAAUUGAAAGAUUAGAUAAAAUAGUUUGGUUUUGGAUUGGACAAAUGCAUAGGGCAACAAUAACAUUAAAAUGGAGAAAAAUUAAAAAUAUACAAGAUGAAGUUGAUUAUUGGAAUGCAAAACGUUCAAAUUUAAAUCUCUUACGUACUCAAUUUUUUAAUAUAGAAGUUCAAUUAAUUAUUGAUAUAUUAAAAAAUUUGCGUUCUCCAAGUGCAUUUAAAUUAAAGGAAUUAAUUAUGUAUGCUGAUACAAAAUUUGAAGAGGCGUCAUCAAAUUUAAUUUAUUUGAAUAUUGUAUAUAAUUUUUGUAAAAAUUUACAAAUUCCAAAUAAUAUUGAAAAUUUUGUGACAGAAGUAUUGCUUCUUAUAUUAUUUGUUUGGAUAGAAUCGCCAUUUUAUUCUAAUAAAAAUAAUAUGGAAAUAUUAUGUCAAGCAUUAAGUUCACAAAUAAUGGAACAAUGUAUAAACUAUAUUAAUUUAGAUAUUGCUUUUAAAGAUGAUCCUGAAGUAGGAAUACAGAUGCUGGAAAAAUGUAUAUUGUGUUGUAAUAUUUAUAAAACAAUUUAUGAUCAUAUUAUGACGAACAUUACGUCUUAUAUUAAUUCUAAUAAAAAAUGGGAUAUAAAUCGAAAAGAAGUUUUUAAUAAAAUUGAUAUUUUUCAACAAAGAUGCUACGAUAUCAUUGAAAUUUGUGAAGCAUUAACAAUAUUUGGGAGAGAUGGUAAAAUAAGAUUAAUAGGAGGUCCAAAAGGAGUCAAUUAUGAAACAUACUGGCGAGAAAUAGAAUUUUUGUUUUACGAAAGUUUAGAUGAAAUUAUAACAGCUCGCAAUAUCAUUUUUACUAUUAUAAAACCUAUAUGGCUUAAUAAAAUGAAACAAUUUAGAUCUACAAUUUUACAAUUAGAAAAUAUGGUAAUCAAUUUGAUUAAUGAUAUAUUUAAAAAUGUAAAAAAUAUAGAAGAAGGUAUCGAAACAAUUUACGCUUUACAAAAAUUUAAAAAAAGAAAAAGUUUACAAAAAAUAUUACAAAAUAAAUGGAUACAGAUAUGGAAAAUAUUUAGUAAUGAAAUCAAACAUUGUUACAUUAAUGUAAUUCAUCAAUCAAAAAAAAAGAUAAAUAGUGAUGUAAAUUUGUUAUGCAUUUCACAAUAUUUAAAAAAUCAAUAUUCUAUAAUCAUAAAUGCAUUAGAUUGGAUAGGAGAUUGUAAUGUUGGAAAGUGUGUUUUGCAACAAUAUGAACAAGUAUUAGAUGUAAUUGACAAGAGACAAAAGAUGUUCAACAUUUACAAUACAAAUACAAUAUAUUAAUGAAAUUUUGUAAGAUUAUAAUAAAAGAUAUAAAUGAAAUUGUUUAUAAAAAUUGUUUAUAAAAAUUUUAUAUUAGAA